AUGCAGACAUUUCCACAGGCAAUUUACUGCCUGGAAUGUGCUACAGUCAAGAACACCUUUUUGGACUUCACGGAUGAGCUGGGGGCCUUCGAAGAAUUGGCUGCCGAUUCCUGGCUCAGGAGUGAGUCGGAGCCUGCGAGGUGCGGCCACGCUGCACCCAGCAAGGAGAGCAACGUGGGGGAAGAAUCCCUCCCACUCGCCUUCGCGCCCGAAGCUGAUGACAAUCAGAAG